AUGGCCGAGGCGACUCUGGGUCCCGUGGGCGGCACUGUAGCUACAGUAGCAUACGUGUUUUUGUCCUUCACCCUUAUAGUCGCGUAUUUCGCAAAAGGAGGGGAAGUUUUGGCGUUUGGUACGGGUCUGCCCAAUUGGGUGGGUGCAGUGGGGUUCUUUUCGGUGCUGGGUGGUUUAAUCUACAGCGGCAGCACCAGAACAGCGGAUAUCAUUAACCGGGUAUUGACAGCUGGUUUGCUGGGGAUAUUUACCCUGCUGGUCUGCGGAGGGGCGGCAAUCGCGGACUGGGAUGAGCUGGCAGUUGCUGAUUGGUCAGAAAUGCCGACCACUCUCCCCGUGAUCUUCCUCGCGCUGGUCUUCCACGAUUUGAUUCCCGUGAUCUGCACGUAUCUGGACGCGAAUCUGGGAAAGAUUCGGGCGGCAAUUGUGAUCGGGAGUGCAGCACCUCUUACAAUGUUUCUAGUAUGGGACGCCAUAGCUCUUUCCAUCUCCCCUUCCUCCCUCACUUCGGCCGCUGCUGCCGCCGCUGCUGCUCCUGCCGGUGCCUUUUCCCUCUCCUCCCUCUCCUCCGCCGUCUCCUCUCUCUCCUCCUCCCUCUCCCACCUCGCCUCCUCCCUCCCCUCCUCUCUCUCCACCGCCCUCUCCACUCCCUCACUCGCUCCCUCACUCACUCCCUCACUCCCUCACUCGCUCUCCACGCCCUUCCAAGACCCACUGAACCUCCUCCUGCUGCAAGGCUCGCCGCUCCAAUCCUCCGUCGUUCUCGCAUUCUCUUUCCUCGCCGUAGCAACGUCGUUCCUCGGCACAUCACUUGCCCUAGCUGAAUUUUUCAUGGAGCAACUGGGAUUGAUCAGUGCAGGUGACAAGAAGAGGGAUGAAGAGCAGCUGGGGUUGAUAAGCGUGGGUGACAAGAGGAGAAACGAGGAACAACAUGGGCUAAUAGACCUGAAAAGCCAAAGGAAUCAAGCUCAGAAGCAGCAGGAGACAGCAGUUACUGCUGUAGAUAUCGUGGGAACCGGAUUAGGGUUUGUGAGGUCGCAUGGGAGGGAGGUGGGGUUUCUUCUGGCCCUCUGCCCGCCUCUGCUGGUGGCUUUGGCAAACCCUGGCGCGUUUGUGGCGGCAAGCAAGGCGGCAGGCGCAUACGGCAUGACAGUGCUGUAUGGCAUCAUGCCUCCAUUGAUGUUCUAUGCGCAUCACAAGCAGUGGGUGCUGAUUGUGCCCAAGGCAGCAGGCGCAUACGGCAUGACAGUGCUGUAUGGCAUCAUGCUUCCCCUCAUGUUCUACGCGCAUCAAAAGCAGGUGGGUUGGGGGGAAUGCAGGUGGGUUGGGAGGGAUGCCUAG